CGCCCGUUUGUUUUGCUGCUCGAAGGCUUCUGCAUAGAGAUGGCAAGAGAACCCUAGCAGGCUGUGGGGCCUAUACGGUUGGGCUUUCUACCGAAAACCGUAACGUUAGUAGCGCAAAGACGCAGUUGGUAGGAAAGGAGCGGAACAGCGGACAAGAAGAACCAUGGGACACGGAGUGGGCUGAACCAGAGGGUCAAGCAGCACACGCCAAUUGGUUCCCACUGUGGCAUAUGACAUGGCCACGGCCUCAUCCAGAGCAGAGUCCAGCCAUAACCACAGAGGAACGACACAGCUCCAUGCCAUCGUUUCCUGUGCCAAAAUCAAGAGGAAGAAGAGCCUGUUUGGGACAGCCAUUUAUGUGGAGGUGACAGCGGAGGGGCAGUCGCGCCGCACAGCAAAGUCUCACAGCUCCUCCAGUCCUAAAUGGGAUGAGAGGCUCACUCUGAAUGUAACACCGCACACACAGGUUGAUUUCAGAGUAUGGAGUCACCACACCCUGAAGGCGGACGCUUUGCUGGGCAGAGCCACACUGGACCUCACUCAAGCCUUGGAGCAGCAUGACAGGAAAUUGGAGAAUGUGAAGGAGGUGCUGAAGCUGAGCGUGGAGCAGAAGGGGGCUGUGGUUCCCACAGGAGAGCUGACUGUCUACCUAGACGGUCUGACUGUUACUGACCAGGAGGAACUGGCACCGCUUACCAACGGCAAUGCAGCAAAUGGCACCAGUGAGCUGAAAGUCCAACAGAAUGGCGAUGCCAUCCAUGAAAAUGGAGACUCAUCCUCCUCUUGCUCAAUGGCUGCCAGCAGCACAGUGAAUGGUACAGACUUGCGCCCAAGGUCCAGUUCCUGUUCGGCAACCAGUGGUUUGGGCUCUCAGGUGCCUUCCAGUUCCUGCAGCGCUUCCCUUGGUCACGUCAUCGUCAAUGGAGACGUCACACCCAACUCCACCCCAGUCCACCGACCCUCAGACAGUGACCCAGAGAGUAGGACAGUCAAUGGAGAGUCCUGUGACGCUGCUCUCGGGCCAUCGUCUGCUACAACAGGAGAAGUGCCGCCCCCUGCAGAUGACCACCAGGACUGCAAUCACGAUUCCGCCCCGCCAGAUCCCAACACAGCGCCAGACGAAACCCCCCAAACCCUGCUAUGCUCCACACAGGCUCCAGCCUCCUCCUCUGCUAAGCCUACUGAUGGCGCUGCUGCUGCUGCUGCUUCCUCCACUUUCAGCUCCCCGCCACAGGGGCCCCCCGCCAUCACAACCUCCUCAUCAUCGUCCUCCCCGCCCCCAGCAAUCGGAGACGGGAAUGCUUCAGCAGAAGGCGGUAGCAGCAGUACAGCCGUAACUACAGAUGGGGCCAAGCCCAGGGAACAGGCCCCUAAUGCUGGAGCCCCUGACCCUCUGCCUCCAGGGUGGGAGCAGAGGAAAGACCCGCAUGGGAGAACUUAUUAUGUCGACCACAACACCAGAACUACGACCUGGGAAAGACCACAGCCACUACCACCAGGUUGGGAGCGCCGGGUGGAUGACCGGGGAAGGAUCUAUUACGUGGACCACAACACCCGCACCACCACAUGGCAGCGUCCCACCAUGGAGUCGGUCCGCAACUUUGAGCAGUGGCAGAGCCAGCGCAGCCAGCUGCAGGGAGCUAUGCACCAGUUUAACCAGAGAUACCUCUACUCUGCAUCCAUGAUGUCUGCUGAGAAUGAUCCUCUCGGCCCGCUACCUCCUGGAUGGGAGAGGCGAGUGGACUCCAAUGACCGAGUGUACUUUGUCAACCAUAGCACCAAGACAACGCAGUGGGAGGACCCCCGAACACAAGGGCUACAGAAUGAGGAUCCUCUUCCUGAAGGUUGGGAGAUCCGUUACACAAGGGAAGGAGUCCGCUACUUUGUGGAUCACAACACGCGAACCACCACUUUCAGUGACCCCCGCACUGGAAAGUCCUCUGUCACCAAAGGCCCUCAGAUUGCUUAUGAACGCAGUUUUCGGUGGAAGCUUGCCCAUUUUCGCUACUUGUGCCAGUCAAAUGCUCUCCCGAGCCAUGUGAAGAUCACCGUCUCCAGACAGACGCUGUUUGAAGACUCCUUCCAGCAAAUUAUGGCCCUGAAGCCUUACGACUUGAGGAGGAGACUCUACGUUAUCUUCAGAGGAGAGGAGGGUCUUGACUAUGGAGGCUUAGCCAGAGAGUGGUUCUUCUUGUUGUCCCAUGAAGUGCUGAACCCCAUGUACUGUCUGUUUGAGUACGCGGGCAAGAGCAACUACUGUCUGCAGAUCAACCCGGCCUCAGCCAUCAACCCGGACCACCUCUCCUACUUCUGCUUCAUCGGCCGCUUCAUCGCAAUGGCACUUUUCCACGGGAAGUUCAUCGACACAGGCUUCUCUCUGCCUUUCUACAAACGCAUGCUGAACAAGAAGCUUAUCCUCAAAGACCUGGAGUCCAUCGACCCAGAGUUCUACAACUCACUCAUAUGGAUCAGGGACAACAACAUUGAAGAGUGUGGUCUGGAGAUGUACUUCUCAGUGGACAUGGAGAUCCUGGGGAAGAUCACUUCUCAUGACCUCAAACCCGACGGCACCAAUGUUCUAGUCACCGAGGAGAACAAGGAGGAGUACAUCGGCCUUAUGGCAGAGUGGAGGUUCUCCCGCGGGGUUGAAGGUCAGACCAAAGCUUUUCUGGACGGCUUCAACGAGGUGGUUCCACUUCAGUGGCUCCAGUACUUCGACGAAAAGGAACUUGAGGUGAUGCUGUGCGGCAUGCAGGAGGUAGACCUUCAGGACUGGCAGAGAAACACAGUGUACCGUCACUACACACGGAACAGCAAACAGAUCAUCUGGUUCUGGCAGCUGGUGAAAGAAGUGGAAAACGAAGUGCGGCUGCGGCUCAUGCAGUUUGUUACUGGUACCUGCAGACUCCCUCUGGGCGGCUUCGCUGAACUCAUGGGAAGUAACGGGCCGCAGAAGUUCUGCAUUGAGAAGGUGGGGAAGGACACGUGGCUUCCUCGGAGCCACACAUGUUUCAACCGCCUGGACUUGCCUCCCUAUAAGAGCUUCGAGCAGCUGAAAGAGAAGCUGCUCUUUGCCAUCGAGGAAACCGAAGGAUUUGGCCAAGAAUAGAGAGAGGAGUCCUCUCCCAUUUCCCUCCCUCCCCCAUCGCUGUUUAUUCAGCCAAGUAAAACAAAAACAAAAAAAGAAUUGCACAAGAUAACCACCAAUGUAUAUAAGCUAUUUUGUCAUUUUAAACCAAAUCUUAAUUUGCAGCAUCGUUUUUGCCGCAAUCCUGUUCCCUCCUAUCCCUUUAGAUAUUAUAUGAAACCCCAUCAUGAAAUAUGCAAGCAUUUCUGCUCCUCUGUUUACAAACAGAAUUCUUGGAUACUUUUUUUCUUUUUCUCCCCACUGCAGCUUUUCAAAAGAGACUAAAAAGUGUUUUGGAGAGGAUUUUAUAGUUGAAGCGCGAUCUUCUUUUAAAGCUCUAGUUCUAUAGAGCUUCUAACUGGCGAGAGUAGUAUUGGGGUCUGGUGCCUGAAUUUAUUCCCCCCCUGUUGAAUCAUAGUCAUUUUUUUUUUUGCGUGCUUGCAUGACUGCCUGUGAAGAAAAGAAGACUGCUGAGACCCACUGAACACACACAGACAUUUCAGCAUGGACGCUUUGUUGCUUAAUGAGCCCCUCUUUCCUUUCUCAUCAAAAGUGUUUGGGGAUUUACUGCAGAGAGAAAGCCUCUCACUCACUUAGUAAGAAGCACCAUCAUCUGUCCUUGGAUAAAGAUGUGAGUUCAUUCAUUUAGCAGAGAAAGGCUACUAAAAGAGUGAGCCAAGGACUCAGUUAGCAAGUCAGUCUACACACUCUCCGUUUUUAUUUAAAGAUUAAGUUGUUUCAACAAAAACAAUUCCACAAAAAAGUAAAAAAACGACUCUGGCUCAAUGGGUCCUGUGUGCUUGGCUGAUGAUCUAAUGCCUAUGAAGCCACUAAGAUGCCAUAAGACAGCCAAUGGCAUCCUUAUUUGAUCAAAUGUACUUAAGCCCAUGUGUUAUAGGUAUUAUAAUAGUAAAAUAUAUUAUAAUUAAAUGAAAAAUGUUAAUCAGAAACCAAACACAGCAUACGAUAUUUAGCCAUCUUGUGUUGUCAUUAGGUCUAAAGAGCAUCUCCUUCAAAUGAAUCUGUGCACGAACUUGAAGACACUGUUCUCAUUAUUACUCAACUGAAGCUAAUAUGGCAUCAAAAAUGUCAAAGUUACAUGGAAAUGAUUUUCAGGUCAUAAAGGAGGUUAUGGACUUAAAAAACCUUUCUUAAGUCAUGUCUUAAAUGACUUAAAAGCAACAAAAAAUGGUGCAUGCAGUGAGCGCAAACUGAGUGUAAACUGGCCAGGUAAAAUGAAAAUAGGCAGUAAACACAACUGAUGGGAACUGAUGGGCUUCUGGAAGUAGUGACUGGGUCAUAAACCUGUAUGUGAUUGUUAGAAUGUAACAAUACUGUCCAAUGAAGUCUGUGUAAUGGAGACAAAAUAACUUUGAAGCCAUGCUGAGCCUACUUUCUGGAUCGUACCAUUUAAUUGAUCCAGCCCGUGUUCAGUCUCAUUCCUCCUGAGGUGAGCUAGCUUUAGUUUAAAACAGAUGUGUGUUCAUCCCUUAGGUUGCUGGAAAAUAGCCUUUAACAUACAAAUAAUGAUUAACAAGACACUAAAGUGCCACAGACCAAAUAACGCAACUCCUCAGCAGCCUCAAGCCUGUUUGGAGAGUGAUGAGACUUCUGUGUUUUAAUUGUUUGCACCCCCACUCUCCCCUUUGUCCUUGAUCUCCGUUAACUCUUCAGGGGACAUGUCGUUUGCUUUCAUCGCCUAACCAUCCAUUGUUUCUAAACUCUGGUGCUCAUUCUUUCAGUCAGUGGUCUAAAUGCAGCUAUGGCAGCGGCAUGCCAUUUUCCUUCUCUUCUCUGGCGUUAUGUUGUCAGGCCACUGCAAGCUGACUUGUCUUCUAGGAGGAGCUAUCAGUCAUGUAUAAAACACGUUCAGCUGUCCCUGCUGAAAAGAGGGACGACAGUAUGAAGAAAACAUUUACUGUAGCAAAAGGAGCCGGCUUAAGAGAAGUUAAAACUGCAGAACUUUGUGCUUCCUUAAUUUGAACAGAAACAUGUAAUCAAAGAAAAUCAACUGUGUAUGUGAAUAUUCAUUGUAUAAAGAUAAUGAAAGUAAAUAAAGUACUUAAAUAUUAUAAUUAUUUACACAGAGCCGCCGCUCCAUUGAUGGAAAUCUGUGAUGCCUUUUUGUUUCUAUCAGAAAUAGAUGGGACGUUUCAGGUUGCCUUCACUGCAGCCAGUUAGAGGAAGUUUCACAUGGAGAGAAACGUUGAGUCAUGUUCCUGAACAUCAGUCAGUAUGUGAUCAUGCAGCAGGGAUCUUGUUUCUGUGCCGACUGCAGCGUAGGCCACCUGAAACGCAUCCAACCUGUAACAUAUCGCGUGUAGAUACACACUGUAAACACCAACUACACUGUACAGAAUGCCCCUUUACUGGAGACCAUGUGUAUAGAAGAAUCAUUUUUAAUCUGCUUUCAACCCAUUUUAAUGGAGAGAUGGAUUUAUGAGAUACAAAUAAAUAAGUAAAUAAACCCCCUCCAUGACCAUGCCUUUUUCUUUUUUCCAUGUGUGAUUAUCGGGGGACGAGAGACCUUCUGCUCAGGAUUCACAACCUUUCUUUUUUUCUGUUCUUAAGGAAAAAUCAAUGAAUGUGCUCUUGGUUUAUCCUUUGCUUUGAUUGGAUCUUGCCUGUCGAAAGAACCAUAAUAAAUAAUGUAUCUGAUUAUCUUUAAA